AUGAGUGGAUAUAAGUAUUUCGCUAAGUUGGAUCUACAGGGUGCGUAUAUGCAGAUUAAGGUUACAGAAAAAUCGCAAAAAUUUUUAGUUGUGAACACUCACAAAGGUCUGUAUGCGUUUACUAGAUUACCUUUUGGAAUCUCGAGUGCAGCAUCCACUUUCCAAAGGAUUAUGGAUGAAAUCUUAACCGGAAUAGAGGGAGUUCAGAGUUAUCUGGACGAUAUUAUGAUAGGGAGCGAUACUAUUGAAGCUUUGAUUGCUACAACAUACGAAGUACUUGAUCAAUUGAAAAAGCACAAAGUCAAGGUCAACUUGAGCAAGAGUGAAUUUCUAGUGAGAGAAAUUCAGUAUCUAGGGCACAAGGUGUCAGAGAGGGGUCUCAGUCCGUCGGAUGAGAAAGUUAAAGCGAUCAAGGAAGCUCCACGUCCAAGGGAUGUCUCCCAGUUGAAAUCGUUCUUAGGAAUGAUUAAUUAUUAUUCGAAGUUUGUUCCGAAUCUGUCGAUGAAGCUCAGUCCACUUUAUGCGCUGCUGAAGAAAAACGUUCGUUUUGAAUGGAAUGACCAAUGUGAGAAAGUUUUCAGUGAGUGUAAGAAGCUUUUGCUUAGCCACAAGCUGUUGGCGUUGUAUAAUCCCGAGCUACCCAUCGUGAUCAUCUGUGAUGCGAGUUCUAAUGGGGCUGGAGCAGUGUUGUGCCACAAAUUAGGAGGGAUAGAGAAGCCUGUAUUUUAUGUGUCAAGUACUCUUUCAGUGUCGGAAAAAAAUUAUCCGAAUCUUCAUCGAGAGGCACUCGCGGUAGUAUUUGGUUUAACGAAGUUUUUCAAAUACAUUUACGGAAAAAGUUUUACAGUUGUAACAGAUAAUAAGCCAUUGGCGAGUAUUUUCGAUUUCAAGAAAGGUAUUCCAUCGUUAACCGUCACUAGAUUGCAAAAAUAUGUCCACAUGUUGUCGAUUUUCGAUUUCAACAUUGAGUAUCGACCGGGUUCGAAAGUCUCGAAUGCCGAUGCCUUAAGUAGGUUGCCGAUUCAGGGUGAGACAGGGAUAGCAGAUGUAGCUGAUCUUCGAUGGUUAAGUGGCGAAGCGGAAGUGGUCGAUCUAGAGUUGAUUGGUCAGGCUACUCAGGAUGACCCGAGAAUGAAAGAGCUUUUUCUGUGUGUGAGAGACGGAUGGAAAGAGAGCGCAAUUCCAGCCGAUUUGAAAUUUUACUUUUCGAAUCAGGGCUGUUUAUCGCUGUACAAAAACUGUGUGAUGUAUUCUGAGAGAGUAAUUGUUCCAAAGUCUUGUCGGAAACGUACCUUAGAGUUGUUGCAUGGAUGUCACCUUGGUGUCAUUCGCAUGAAACAGGCAGCUCGUAGAUUUGUAUAUUGGCAAGGCUUAGAUAAGCAAAUCGAAGAAUUCGUUCAACAAUGUGAGGUAUGCAGUAGUAUGGGCAGAGCCGUCAAGAAGAAGUUCUCUGAAUGGCCAAAAGCUCUUUGUCCCUUCGAUCGAAUACAUUUGGACUUUUUUCCACUUAGCAGGGAGGACGUUUCUGGUUAUGAUUGA